UAGAAGAAACGAAAGGAAACCCAGAAAUGGAAUCACCAACGGGUCUGAGGAAGAUGGAGCCGUGCGAGGACGAGCCAUCACCGAGGGGUGUAUUGGAAGUCCCUGUUACCGACUCUGACUACAGUAGCAGUAGCUGUGCCUCGUCUUCUUCCGGUGAAAAAACGGCGGGCCAGAGGACGCUGGUGCGAGAUAUCAGCAAUGGGUUGCAAUGGAAAGGCAAGGGAAUGUUUGAUGCCUUGAAGAAGAAGUCAGCUAGGCGAUUCUCAACGAUUCCCUUGUUGGGUACCAGCUAUGAAUUGUCGAGGAGAAACUUAAGGAGGAGACUGGCUCGGAUUUGGUCGUCCGAGGAUGACGAGGAAGGAGCAGAUGUUGAUGGGAUGAUAGUUACGAAACCAUCGUGGAGGAACUUUGAUUUUGCUGAGCUUGCUGCUGCCACUGGCAAUUUCAAACCAGAGAACUUAGUUGGGAAAGGUGGCCAAGCAGAAGUUUACAAGGGGCUCUUAUCCAAUGGUCAAAUUAUAGCUGUAAAGAGGCUAAUGAAGAAAGAGAAAGAGAAAGAAAAUGAGGAUAGAGUUGGUGAUUUCUUAGGAGAGCUUGGGAUUAUUGCACACAUAAGCCACCCGAAUGCUGCUCGGUUGCUUGGGUUUGGCAUCGAUGGUGGUUUGCACCUUGUACUCCAAUUUUCCCCACAUGGCAGCUUAGCUUCUCUACUUUUUGGUUCAGAAGAAUCUAUGGACUGGAAGGUCAGGUUUAAGGUAGCAGUUGGGAUAGCAGAAGGCUUGCGAUAUCUCCAUCACGAAUGCCACAGGCGCAUUAUUCACAGAGACAUCAAGGCCUCUAAUAUCCUACUAACCGAAGAUUAUGAAGCUCAGAUAUCUGAUUUUGGACUAGCGAAGUGGCUCCCAGAAAAAUGGACUCACCAUGUUGUAUUCCCUAUUGAAGGCACAUUCGGGUACUUGUCUCCAGAGUAUUUUAUGCACGGGAUUGUUGACGAGAAGACGGAUGUAUUUGCAUAUGGUGUUUUAUUACUGGAGCUCAUAACAGGUCGCCGCGCAGUUGAUUCAACUCAGCAAAGCCUUGUGAUAUGGGCGAAACCACUUCUGGAUGCUAGUAAUGUCAAGGAACUAGCAGAUCCUCGGUUAGAAGAUGCAUUUGAUCCAGUGGAGAUGAAAAGAGCCAUGGUGACAGCUUCAAUGUGCAUCAGUCAUCAAUCCACAAAGCGUCCAUACAUGAAUCGGGUAGUGCAGAUACUAAAGGGUGAGGGUGGAAUUGUAGAUCAGUUGAAACAAAAGUCUUCAGUAGUGAGAUCACUCAUGUUAGAGGCUUGUGACUUGGAAGAUUAUACUUGUUCUAACUACUUGAGUGACCUAAAUCGCCACCGGCAACUCGUAAUGGAUCAGUAGUGCUUUGCUUUGCUUUCUCCCUCUGCAUUGCUCUUUCUCCUGCAGCCUCUUGUUGUUACUUUGGCAGUGUGAAAGUUUUGGAAUUGGUUAGUACCCUCUGGUGUAUGAGUUAAGUAGAAGUUCUCACCGGCUUGUGCAUUUCCUAUAUAUUUGUAGAGAAUACUAGGAAAAGUGGCAUUUUGUCAUUGUCAUGAGUCAGUUUGUUCGGUCCGGCAUGUUAUGUUGUCAAACAAUCAAUCAGGAAAUUGUAUAUUUGAACACCACGAACUUAAAUUGGUAACCUGACAACAUUACAUGCCCAUGUAUCUAGCAAAAGAAAGUUCCUUUUGUUACACUAAGUGUACUCCCAUGAUGGUUGUAUCUAUAAAUUCACAUCAUGUAAAACAAUUCUGAAUCAA